GCCAGUUCCGCCAUCAUCCAAUUCAGUGCCCUGCGCUGUGUAGCCCCGCCAACUGCUAGACCCCCAGAGCAAUAUAUACGCCACCGUCCUAGAAAUCCACCCCAUCCGCCAUGACGUCAAUAGGCACAGGCUACGACCUGUCCAACUCGGUCUUCUCGCCCGAUGGUCGCAACUUCCAGGUCGAAUAUGCAGUCAAGGCAGUGGAGAACGGCGGCACAGCACUGGGCAUCAGGUGCAAGGACGGCGUGGUGCUUGCCCUCGAGAAGCUCGUCAGCAGCAAGCUGAUCAAGCCCGGCGCCAACAAGCGGAUAGCCACCGUAGACCGCAACAUGGGCGUCGUGUCUUCGGGCCUGCUCCCCGAUGGCCGCCACUUCGUCUCGCGCGCCCGUGACGAGGCAGCGCAAUGGCGACAGCUCUACAAGGCCCCCAUCCCCUCGUCCUCUCUCGCCGACCGCAUGGGAAGCUACGUCCAGGCAUACACUCUCUACUCGAGUGUGCGGCCUUUUGGCAUAACCGCCAUCAUUGCAGGCUGGGACUCCGAGGCCGAAUUGCCAGUAGACGGCCAGGUGGGCUCGGGUCCGGCGGUGGGCUCGGGAGGCAAGAAGCCGGGCGCAAAGCACGGCGGCCCGUCGCUGUACAUGAUUGAGCCGAGCGGCCUGUACUGGGGCUACUACGGUGCCGCCACAGGCAAGGGCCGCCAGGUCGCCAAGUCGGAGCUCGAGAAGCUGAACCUGAACGAGGGCCAGCUGUCAUUAGAGGAGGGCGUCAAGGAGGCUGCGCGCAUCAUCUACGUCGCACACGAUGACAACAAGGACAAGGAAUUCGAGCUCGAGAUGACGUGGAUCAGCAAUCUCGACGGGCCGACCAAGGGCAGACACGAAGAGGUGCCCAAGGAGAUCCGCGAGGAGGCCGAGAGGCUGGCAAAGAAGGCGCUCGAGGGCGACGAUGACGACGACGACGAGGAGAAGAUGGAGGAGUAACUGGCUGCACGCUGGCUGGGCGCACCAGACUGCAGACGCUGACGAUGCAUAACGAACGGCUUCGACGAGCCCUAACGAACAAAUGAAUAAGAUGUGCAACCAUGCUCUAGCUCGGCCCGCCUGUGUCCCCCUUGCUGGCACUGAGACUGACUUCACGUCUUUCCCUUUCCUGCCGCUUGCGCUUGUCGAGUGACCGUCACACCGC